AUGGCGGGGCCGGUGGCGCCCCCGGCCACCCGCCCGCGCCUCUCUCGGAUCCUGGCCGGGUCCUGCGCAGUUCCCGCCCGCGAAGGGCAGAGCCAAGGUCCCGGCGCGCGCGGCUCGCGGUCCAGAGGCGGCGGCGGCCAAGGAGGCGGAGACAACAAAAGCCGGCGGCGGCGGCGGCGGCGCGGGGCGCGCAGGGUGCGAGGUCCGAACGCUCGCUCGGGCAGCCCAGAGCGCGGCGGGCUAGCGCAGUCCCGGCUCGGCACCUCCCCCGCCGCCGGCCCGGCCCCUCGGCGGCCGCGGGAGAGGAGAGGGGCGGGGCAGGGUGGGAGCGCAGGGGUGGGGGAGGGACUGGGAGCACCGGGCGGGGCGGGGCGGGGCGCGGCGCGGGGGCGCGGGCCGGGGCGCACUGGGCGCUCCUCUGGCUCUCGGGGACCCAGAGGGUCCGCCUGGCCGCGCGACUCUAUCGAUCCCCGGAGGGAGGCGGUGGAGCCGGGCAGCGCGGGGCCGCGGCCGGGGUCCCUGAGGGCGGCCCCCCACGCCCAGCGCCCAGGGCGGUGGCACCACCUGUGGGGGCGGGGACGGGGGCGGAGGGUGCGCGAGGCAGGGCUUCCCCCGCCGGACGUGACAUCACUCCUCCCGCGCCCCAAUCAGGGGCUUCCCCGCCCCCAGCCGAAAUCGGCAUCCCGCUCCCCGCUCCCUCCCGCGCGCUCCGGCUUCCUGCACCCUGGCAGCGCGCCCCGAGAACGCUCUCCCGGCGCCUCCGUACCCUCCGCCCGCCGGCCGCGCCUCGAGCCGCCGCCCCUCUCCCCGCCUGCAUCCCGCAGCGGCUCCCUCCCCGCGCCCUUCCAGCCGUCUCGCGCCGGGCUCCGGCUCACCCCGGGGGCUUUUGUGGUGUGGGGGCUGCACACAGGAAACUGGCCAAGAAACUCGACCUCACCUCUCCCAGUCCCAGGGAGCGGCAACAGAUGGCUUAAUUGUUGGACCUUGACAGCUGUUUUGGGGGGUGACCCUCCACGUUCUUUGGAUGCUGGAGAAACCAAAGUGAUGGGGCAGGGCCGGUCUACUGGUUUGGGCUGCUGGGUGGAGCCAGGUGACCUCUGGCGAAGGGAUAGGGUCGGAACCCGGCGACUAGUUAGGUCACUGGGGGAGGAGAGUGGAGUGACCCGGAGCAGAUGCCUCUUUGAAGAAGGCGGGAGGGCUGCCUGCACCUUGUAUGAUGAGGCUCCUGAGGUCUGAGGGGGUCGGACUGUGGCCCUGCCCCGCCUCCCGCUGCCCUUCUGCAGGCCUGUCUGAAGAGCUUGCUUGGUCCCCAAAGCAAAGAGCCGUUUCCAGGGUGAGGCCAACUGGACACAUCCUCCGAGCUGCUCUGCAGUAGAAACCAAAGCCAAGCAGAGUUGCCGUGAGGAGUGAGGCGUGGAGCUGGUUAUCCAUGUGGAGCCCGAGAGCAGGCCCGACCCGGAGGGAGCCUCUCCCAGCGUCCGACAUCCUCGUCCUUCCCAAGUGGGCACAGUUCAGGCUGCCGGAGGUGCAGAGAAAGAGGCGAGGCACCGUCCCCCAGUGAGGGGCCGUGUCUUAACCUUAGCAUCAUGAGACUUGAGUGUCCAGGUGGCUGGGAGCUGCAUUUCUCAAUCCAGCCACCUGGCCACCUCCCACUGCCACCACACAUCACACGUGCCUGCCACAGAACCAUGGCAGCCCACCCAUGAGGACCCACCCACUGCAGAGAGGGAGAGUGCAGUGAGUGCCUGUGUCCACUGUGCCUCUGAAGCAGGUGCUGCGUGUGUCCACCCAGGCUCCUCCUCGCUCCCUUCUACACACUCAAGGUCGCCAGUGACCGCUGCCUGCUGGGUUUCCCUGGGUCUCCCGGCAGGGCAACCUGGAAGUGGCAGAACGCAAAUGACUUAGACGUAUCCCUUAGCUGGUGGACAGGCACCAGUUCCUGCUGCACAGUUGGAAACCCCAGGCAUGUGUGUGCUGUUACAAAACAAACUUUCAACACAUUUGGUUAAGGUCUGAUAUGGUUUGAAAGUUUCUUCUCUCCAAAUCUCAUGUUGAAAUGUGAUCCCCAGUGGUGGAGUUGGGGCUGGUGGGAGGUGUUGGGUCACAGGGGUGGGACCCUAGUGAAUGGCUUAACAUCAUCCCCUUGGUGACGAGUGGGCUGUCGCUGAGUUAGUUCGCACGAGAGAGCUGGUUGUUUGAGAGCCUUGGGCCUCCCCCUUCUCUCUCUUGCUUCUGCUCUUGCCAUGUGAUGCACCUGCUCCCCUUUUACCUUCCACGAGUGAAGCUUCCUGAGCCCUCACCAGAAGCAGAUGAUGGUGUUGUGCUUCCUGUACAGCCUGAGCUGAUUAAACCUCUUUUCUUUAUAAA